UUACACUCUCAUUGUAUCAAUCUAGAGAGAGAGAGAGAGAGAGAGAAAGACAAAUGGGUUCUUCUCACCUUCAUUGUUCUACUUCAAUGGCACCUUUGCUGUUCGGUUUUUGUAUCGUGGCAUCGUUGAUGCCGGAGUUUGCCGUUGGCAUAACAAGGCACUACACUUUCAACGUUAAGUACCAUAACGUGACCAGAUUGUGCAACACAAGGAGCAUUGUAAGUGUGAAUGGCCAAUUCCCAGGGCCUAGAUUGGUGGCAAGGGAAGGUGACCAAGUCCUCAUCAAAGUGGUCAAUCAUAUUUCAAACAAUGUCACCAUUCAUUGGCAUGGGGUGAGACAACUUAGAAGUGGAUGGGCAGAUGGUCCAGCUUACAUUACCCAAUGCCCUAUACAAACAGGCCAGUCAUACACAUACAACUUUACCAUCCAAGGCCAGAGAGGGACUCUCCUAUGGCAUGCUCACAUCUCAUGGCUGAGAUCCACCCUCUAUGGACCUAUCAUCAUUCUCCCAAAGCUCAAUGAGUCUUACCCUUUUAUGAAACCCUACAAGGAGGUCCCCAUUCUUCUUGGAGAGUGGUUUAAUGUAGACCCUGAGGCUGUGAUUAAUCAAGCUCUUCAGACCGGUGGAGGGCCUAACGUUUCGGACGCGUACACCAUUAACGGUCUUCCAGGCCCCUUAUACAAUUGUUCGUCAAAAGAUGUAUUCAAGCUGAAGGUGAAACCAGCGAAGACAUACCUCCUCCGAUUGAUCAACGCUGCACUCAACGACGAGUUGUUUUUCAGCAUAGCCAACCACACUCUCACGGUGGUUGAAGCCGAUGCUGUCUACACCAAACCCUUUGAAACCGACACGCUUCUCAUCACCCCAGGCCAAACCACGAACGUCCUCCUCAAAACCAAGCCCAAUUCUCCCAAUGCCACCUUCCUCAUCCUCGCAAGGCCUUACUUCACCGGCGCUGGAACCCUAGACAACACCACCACGGCAGGAAUCCUUGAAUACGAGCACCCGGUAACCACUCAUCACGCUUCCAUCAAAACCCUUCCUCUCUUCAAACCAAGUCUUCCACCCAUCAACGCCACCAAGUUUGUCAAUGUCACCCAAUUCGUCCUAAACUUGGCCAAUAAAUUCCGUAGCUUGGCCUCCAAGAAAUUCCCAGCCAACGUUCCCCAAACCGUGGACCGAAAUUUUUUCUUCACCGUAGGACUUGGAACAUCCCCAUGUCCCCAAAACUCAACUUGCCAAGGACCCAAUGGCCUAAAAUUUGCAGCUUCUAUUAACAAUUUCUCUUUUGCCCUUCCAUCAACAGCAAUGCUUCAAGCACAUUUUUCUGGACAGUCCAAUGGAAUUUACACCACAGAUUUUCCGGCCAAUCCGCUUGUUAAAUUUAACUAUACCGGAACACCGCCAAACGUAACAAAUGUGGCAAAUGCCACGAAGGCAUUGGUGCUGCCAUUCAACACAAGUGUGGAGCUGGUGCUGCAGGACACUAGCAUUCUUGGUGCCGAGAGCCACCCUCUCCAUCUACAUGGGUUUAAUUUCUAUAUAGUUGGACAGGGAAUUGGGAACUAUGAUCCUAACAAGGACCCUGCUAAGUUUAAUCUGGUGGACCCUGUCGAAAGGAACACGGCUGGUGUUCCGGCUGGUGGCUGGAUUGCGGUUCGUUUCAUGGCAGACAAUCCAGGGGUGUGGUUUAUGCACUGUCACUUGGAUAUCCAUACAAGUUGGGGGCUGAAGAUGGCGUGGAUCGUCCAGGAUGGACCGCAAGCGAAUCAAAAGCUGCCACCUCCGCCGUCCGAUCUACCAAAGUGUUGAUUUUGACUUGCCAUCUGCUCGGAUUUCCUUUUUGUUGAGUGAUCUUGUGUUGAUUUUCCUCCCUUUUGGCAUUAACUUAAUAGCCAUAAUAAUUUGAGUCUUGAAAAUAAUAAUUACGGAUUUUCUCUUUCUCCGAAGAGAUGCUUUUUUCAUCAUGUAAUGUUUUUGGAGUGAAAGUAUUCCUUCAUACUAUUGAAGAAUGUAAAGUUUCA